UUGUUUAGAUUCUGGACAUGUCACAAAGUAGUGGAGUCCAUGUCAAUAAUACAUGCUACUGUGCAAGAAUGGCAAUAAUGAAAACAUCUUGGACGGAUUUGAAUCUAGGGAGGAGAUUCGCUAUAUGUCCCAAAUAUAAGCAAAUUGGGGGUUGCAAAUACUAUGUGUGGAUUGACCCUCCAAUGUGUGACCGAUCUCGUAACAUAAUUCCUGGUUUACUUAGAAAGAUCAACAAGUACGAAGAUGAGUUGAAGAAGUGUGAAGAUGAGUUGAAGAAGUGUGAAGAUGAUUUGAAGAAGUGUGAAGAACAACUCAUUAAGAAGGGGUCAAGGGAAAAAUGGUUGUGGAUUGCCUUGACAGUUGCAAUGUUUUUAGUGUAUAUGUUUGUUUAAAUGUUUAGAACAAGUAUUGAUCUUUCUAUGUUAUGUACUUGCCUUCAAUUAAGUAGUUGUAAUAACUUUUUAACUUUAUGUUGUUGUGUAAUGGCAAUAUAGAUUUGUAAUGAAUGUUAUUGUAUACCUACUGAGUUUUGCAUAAGAAAAAAACCUAAUCAUUUAAAAAGUAACUAAGUGCACAAGAAACAAACUAUAUAGUCUUAGCAAAAUCCAAAAUACUACAAAAUAGUGCAAAGUCUUACGAAAAUGCAAAAUACAUAGUCUUACCAAAAUACAAAAUACUACAAAAUAGUGCAAAGUCUUACCAAAAUGCA